UAGCAGGAAAACACUGAAAAACAUAAGUGGUAGGGAUAAAGCAGCAUAUUCAACCAUAUGUGCAAUAUGAUCCUGAUACCAUAAAAUAGAACGUGUGUGUCUAUCUAACAUGUUGAUAUUUAACAAAUGUGGAUUGAGCAUCUGCUAUGUCCUGGGCCGUGGGGACAGUUAGGUGACAGCUCAGCCUUAUUCUCCUGGGGCUUUGAGUAGAGGAGGGGGAGAGACAAAAGGAACACACAUGGAAACACUGCUCUCGGGAAGGAGGAAGCAAUGUGCUGUGCUGACGAUAAAGCAGGGAUGCGUGCUGGGGGAACUGAGUGUUUUCUAAGACUCAAUGCCAAGUGCUUUUUAAAAAAUCAGAAAAUAAACCCCAGUUAGGUGGGUUGUACUUGUCGUGCCAGCUACUCAGGAGGCUGAAGCAGGAGGCUUCCUUGAGCCUAGGAGUUCAGGGUCAGCCUGGGUGACAUAGAUCCUGCCCCAUCACCACCACCAAAAAAAGAAAAGAAAAUCAGAAAAUAAUGCACAUGUCCUGAAAGAACCACCGCUCUGCGUUCCGGCUCCUCUCCCGGUCUCUGGCCAGCCCCGCAGGCAGGUGGGAAGGCAGUGGCCCCUGCUGCCCUGCCGUGCCCCUUCUCAGCGCUCGCUCGCUCGUGACCUUGGUCUCCUCUUCCAAGUUGCUCAGUGGUGACUGACAUGCUCGUCUUAUCUCCUAAAUGUCAGGGACAAUGUCUGAUUCAUGCAGGGCCUCCCACACCACUUGGCAGAAGACUCCAAACACACUCGCGGGUGGAAUGGAAUUCGGCUCCCCUCAGCCGGAUCCCAGCCUCUUGCUGCGUUGCUUCCCCUGCCCCUCAGUGCCAGGGAUGGGGGCUUAUUCCUCGCCUACCCACCACCUGCCCUGUGCCCUGCAGCCCUACCCGGGAGGCAGAGCUGUCUGUCUGGAGCCCUCGGUUUCCCCUCCAGGGAAGGAAGUGACUGUCACUCCUGAGUCCAGGGCCGGGCCGAGGUGGACAGGUCCCUGGCUCAGGCUGCAGGAAGAUGCAGGAGCAGAGCGUGGACCGCUUCCCACCGGUGCUGCGGCUCCUGGAGAAGAGGCAGGAGCUGGCCGAUGUGGACCGGGGUCUGCAGGCCCAGAAGGAGGCUCGCGCAGGCACCCCGCUCCGCACCCCCAGGAGUUCCACACCACCAUGGCGGCCCUGCAGCACCGCUGGGCACAGCUGGAGCAGAAGCAGCAGGAGCUGAAGGGGUCCUUGGUCCGCUUCGACCAGUUCCUGCAGGACGCCGAGGCCCGGCGCGGCCUCGCGCUGCGGAGGGAAGCGGAGGAGCGGGAGCGCGCAGACCGGCGGGAGGCCGAGGCCCUGCGGCUGCGUGCCCAGCUGGAGGACCUGGAGCGGGAGCGCGCGCGGCUGCAGCGCAGGCUGGGGCGCCUGGAGCCCUGUGCGCGCCUGCUGGAGCGCGCGCGGGAGCAGCUGCCUGAGUUCCAGGAGGUCCCCGAGCUGGUGGCGCGCUUCGAGGGCCUGGCGGACACGCAGGCGGCGCUGCAGCGGGCGGAGCGCGGGCGGCGGGCGGAGCUGGAGGCGUCGCGCUCGGGGCUGCAGCGGCUGCGCGACGCGGGGCAGGACGAGCUGCUGGCGCUGAGCCGGCGGCGCGCGGAGCUGCAGGAGAAGCUGGAGGCGGCGCGGGAGCGCAGGCUGCAGUGGGAAUCCAAGUGGAUUCGGAUCCAGAGCACCGCCGCCGAGAAGACCCUGCUCCUGGGCCGCACCAGGAUGUCGGCGCUCAACCUGUCCCAGUUAGCCUGCCAGCACCGGAGGCAGCCUCGUACCCUGGCCGUGGAGGACACCGAGGGGCAGCUGGAGCAGGUGAAGCUGUUCAUCCUGGACCUCUCUGCCACACUGGCCAGCCUUCGCCAGGCUGAGCCCAGGGCCGCCGCCUCCUAGCUGGCCUGGGUGAGCAGCAGGGGACCUCGAGCUUCCAGUGGGGUACAGGUCAUGGCCAACCUGGACGUUUUCUCAUCAGGAAGACGCGAGGUGCCUGCCCAUGCUGCUGUGGGGCUUGCGGAGGGGCACAGGGGAGGCACAGAAUAAAUGCAGGUCCCGGCAGUGGGGAGGAGGGGCUGCAUGUCCCACACCUCAUCCACUGUGACUGGGGACCAAGCCAGGGGUGGAUCCCCACGCGGGGCUCGGGGACACGAGACAGGGGUGGAUAACCACUUGGCUCGGGGAUGGGCCCACCCCACCCUGACCUCAGAACCCAAAGCAGGACAUAGGCCACAAGGUCCCCAGCAGGGCCUACCCUCUGGGGACCCAGGGAGGGGGGAGAAUGGCCCAAAUAUGCUUCUGGUCCACCAGAGAUGCUCAAUAAAAGUUUAUUUCUUUAAAAA